UUUCUUUCUUUUCUUUUCUCUGUUUUCUUAUUUUAUUGUUUGCAUAAUUCCAACAUGUCAAGUACACGAUUAGAGUAUAGAGAACCCAAGAAACCGAGAGCAGUAUGUGUGUACACUAUUGCACAAGAGUCAAGGUAUCUAGUGGUAGAGAACCUAUCGACGAUUGGAGUGAUAAAGGAAUUUAUAAGACACUGUGGACAAUUUGGUAAGGUAGAGGCCUACCGACUGUUGGAUGAUCAUGAUGCCAGUACAGAAGGGGAGGAUGUAUGUUGGUUAGCGUAUGAUAAUGUGAGUUCUGCAAGGUAUGCAAAACGUAUGAUGGACGAUAAAGUGUAUUGCUAUCAACGAUUACGCGUGUACUAUGUACCCGAAUACGAAACGGCAGACGACAUACGAGCCAAAUUUGCAGAUAGGUUUCAAGCCAUUCAUAAGCGGUUACGUUACACGCCUACCCGUCACAAGAAACGAGACAUUCAAGUGGUUAUAGAGCAAAUAGAGGAAGUACCUGUCAAGGUUGAAUUAAGAAAGAAGACAAUAGAAGGAAAAAGAAGGCGUAUUUAAAAAUGUUCUAGAACCCUAUGAUUUUUUUUUAUUUUUUUAUCAAGCCACUUUUUUUUUUUUUUUUUUUUUUUUUUUUCAGUGUGAGGGGGGGGCCGAUAGGAUUUUAUCAUGAC